AUGUCUUUCAGGUACAGUAAAGUGUCUACCCUUGGCCCCUCAAGCUGCAGGUCUCUGCUGAAGGGCCUAAAGUCACAGCCUCAGUUUGUAACUGCCUUACCUCCGCAGCGCCAGCUUCUUCUAUUGGAUGCUCUGUCUAGCUGCUUGGGACUAGCUGGGACUUCAUCCCCACAAGAAAAAUUUGUGGGUCUCGGGGUCCUCAGUCCAUUUCUCAAAAACUCCACCUUCCUAUCAGUGUCCCGUGGAACCCUAGUACAGACUGUGGAGAGUGUAACCCGUUACUGCUUCCCCCCAAAGACACAGACGCUGCUCACAAGCCUACUACAGGAGCCACAGGAGUUUGGGCCACCUAACCUUUGGAUACCAACAGUUCUAGAGCGUCUGGAUAGGCUGGUUCCUCUCUUCCCAGACCAAUCCCUCCAAGCUCUCAACACAUCUGCACUGUCCACCGCGUGGGUUCUGAUGAUUUUCUCAAAAGAUUACAAGUGGAGAAGUUCACCUUUAGGUGUGGCAUGCACAAACAAUGAAAGUCCACAACAGCGCGCAGAGCGUACAAGCAGACAGCGCAACCUAUUACAGCACUCUUUGCUGGCAUCAUCAUUAGCCAGGGGGGCAGUGCUUGGUCCUGAGUGCCAAACUCUUCAGAGUCUCUCGCCAUCUGCAUUGGGAGCUAAUGUUCUUCUAGGGAUGUCAAAUGCAGAGUUUAUGGACUGUCUGGAGGUGAUAGGUGGGGACCCUGAUAUACCCUUCAAGGAUCUUAGCAAUCUUUUUGCAAAACUUCUAAAGAUUGUGGGGCCUGUGUCGAACUUUUCUCCUCUCCUGAUUGCUCGUCUCGGGAGACUGGCUACACAAAUCCGUUAUCAACAGCUCCAAAGAUUACCUCUGCGUAACAUGCAGGUGAUGGAGGCCCUUGGGAAGGAAAAAGAGUGGAAUUCUAACCAGUUACAGGUGCUGGCCCGUGGCUUUCUACAAUCCAACAAUCUCUCAACGAACACACUGGAUACUUUGCAACUGGUGGCACUUGGAUAUGCUGUGUGUGGGCUUCAGAGCACUGACUUGCAGAAGCUUCCACCUCUUGAGUUCUGUUCUGCUGUGCUGCAUUUGGGAUCUCUGUCUCUGAGUUGCACAGAGGAGCAGCUUUACAUUCUCACACGGCUCUGUGCAAAGCCAGAUAUGUUUGGACCUGUCAGUGGAUGGACAGAAGAUAUUUUCCGGGAGAUGGGAACUUUAGCAGCUGGCUUGCAGGACAUUGAGCUUUCUUCUUUAGUCCAGGAACAGAUUGGGGGUCUUUCCUCACUUGCAGUGUCCAUUCUGGAGCCCAAGAAGUUUGCAGUCUCCUUCUCACCUGCGCAGCUCCGACUCUUCUCCUGGUCACAAGCCUCUGGAGUAACAGAGCAACAGGCUAAGCUGCUAGACAAAGACCAACUGAAAGCAUUGUCCAUAGUACUAACAGGCCAAGAGGAUGGAAACCCGACCUAUAGAGCGGGGAUGGCACCUGAAGUUACCUCUGCGCUCUUCACUCUAUUCCUGUGUUGCUGGGUGCUUUCAUUUCUGCAGGGACAACUAACUUUCAUCCCAGUUUGGCAACCCUGAAGAGGUGAUGGUCUCUGUGUAAAAUACGAUCCUUUCUUCUUACUGUCUUUGCUGAAUUCUACCACCAUGCCAGCGUAGAAAAGGAAGAUGGUGGAAGGGAGAGUAAAGACUCACAAACACAGGGCUGCUUUUGUAAUGAUGCAACAAAGCAGUCCCUGGAAACCUUUAAUUUCCCUCUUUCUUCAUACCAGUAAUUUAGUGUAAUGAUCAUAUCCAAGUACAGAAGAGGUAAGUACAUAAGAGGGAAGGCUGACACAGCAGGAAGGCCAGAAGCACUCCUCACACACAGUAGAUGUACUCUCUACAUGAUUCCUCACAUUCUCUCUAUGGUGUCUUAAAAUACCGUUUCCAACAUGGUCGGAUACCUGAGGUUGCACCAUCAUGUGGCUGCUGGUUAUAUGAAAUUUGUAUUAUUUAUGCUCCUGCCGUAUCGUCACCAAAGGGAAGACAAAGCUACCUGUUGUCACAUGUUGUUGUGCCCACAUUAAUCCUCUAGAACCUCCAAGAUCAAAUCGUUCCAGGGGAUAAAAGGAAAUAUCCCUGGAAAUGCCACUGAUGUUACAAAGAGAGUCUGAAGCCAAGUGAUAGGACUGACUCAGCAGGAGAAAGUUUGAGAGACUAAAUCUAAGGAUGGAGAACAAUGUUUCAUGAUUCACUCUCUGCAUCCCAUGACCUGUGGAAAGGCAUUUCUGGUGGAUUCUAUUAUUUUGAGUCUUAGUUGCACUGGUUACACAGAGGAAGCACAAAACUGCAGAUUAUAAUAAAACAGUACCUUGUACUUCAUACCAGCUAAGAUAUAAUUAAUCCUUAUUGGAGG